GUACCCGCUAAAAAAUGGACGCUGAGCUUUUAUGUUUACUGAAAACUGAUCGCUGUCAAUGAGCAUGUAUAUCAGAAAGAGAUAAAUAAGAGAUUUCUAUAUAAUGGCCCAGUGGAAUGGGGGAGGGGACUCUGGCAGUGAAACACGUGUUCCUCCAGGCGCCACAGAUGAUGAGGAGAGGGUUAUCCGAGAGUCAACGGAUGUUGUGAAGAACUUCAUGGCUGAAGCAUAUCAACAUGACAGCCUUAACUCUGUGUCAGAGUAUGGCAGCACCACCCCACCCGCACCUUUACUGACUAAUUUCACAUCAUCCCCUUUAAGCACAGAAGCAAGAGUAGGCAGGCAGCUGGCCAUUAUAGGGGAUGACAUCAAUGAACGAUAUGCACAUGAAUUCAAUAAUAUGAUCAGCAUGUUACAUCUGACACCAGAUACAGCCUAUGAGGCCUUUGCUGGAGUGGCCAAAAAACUGUUUGCUGAUGGCAUAAACUGGGGACGGAUUGUUACUUUACUUUGCUUUGGCUAUCGAAUAGCAAUGGAUGUGUUGCAGUCUAAGACACGAGAGUUUGCAAAGUUUAUGAAGAAGAUUAUUAGCUAUGUUGUAAGGUUUAUUGUAACUGAAAGAAUAGCAAAGUGGAUAGCAGAGCAAGGAGGUUGGGCGGCAGCUUUGGCUGCUGAUGCAAUACCGUCUGUAGGCUACCCGACCCUGUUUACUAUCAUGGGACUGGGCAUCCUGUGUGCUGUUUUCGCCAUUGUCCGGGCCAGAAAAGGAUGACACAACUUGUAAUAUAAGGAACUGUAGUAACUCAUUGCCUCACUUCAUUGAUGUAUAAAGCAGAGUUCAUGGAAAGCAUUUAAUUAUUUAAUCCACUAGAUAGAUUCCAGCGGAGUGUAUAACAGAGGUAUUAGUCAAUGCCAGACGAGUGUUUUCCCAGCAGUGUUGUGGAGAGGGGCUCAUCUGAAUCACAACUGGCAACAGAUUCAGCAUAAUAUUGCUACAUAUCAUGCUAUGACAGGGGUACGGUUUUGAACUUGGAUGACCGACCAUUCUCCACUUUGAUCAUUCCCAUCGUGUGAUGCAGCUGCUGCCUGCCUUCAGAUUACUUCUAUUUAUUGUGUGUGAUAGGCGACUUUGCAAUGCAAAUGAACCAGCUAAACUAUUGACAAUGAUAUGUGGCAUGUUUUUGAAUAUUUGGAUUAAAAAUAUUUGGAGUGAUGCAGACAAUUUAUAUUCAUGGGCAUAUUAAAAUUGAUGUGACAUAAAUACAGUACAAUGAAAUGAGGAUUAAUACUUAGUAUACUUUUGUUACUUUUGUCUUUGUAGAUACAGUAUAUUUUAUGAAUUCCAUUAAUCUUACCAAAGUGUCCUUUGUUGGUACCAUUUUAGGACGUGUGGACUGGUGAAUGAAGUAUUCUACAAUGUCUGCAGGUCAAGCAUUGGUCGACCUUUAUAAUCCAGGCUCAAUUGUAUAUCUGUGUAUGAUGAUCGUGUGUUCAGAGUUGAACACUUCUGACAAAGUAUUGCGAGAUUUGCCCAGUUUUGGGGUAUUUUAUUGUGUAAAU